AGACAGCACACGAGCUGUACUUGAGCUAAUCUACAUCCGUCUUUCCACUUUUCUACUUGAUCUGACUUCAAACUCCAGUUCAGAUGGGGAGGUCCUUCAAUGAAGUCAGCAUCUGGAUUCCGGAUGUUCCUGUUUUUAUAGAUGACUUCAAACUACAAAAAAUGGAAAAGUCACUCAGUGAAGUCUCUAUCUGGAUUCCUGAUGACUUCAGACUCCUAAAGGAAUCGGUCGAGAUGGGAAAGCCUCUUAGUGAAGUCAGCAUCUGGAUUCCGGAUAUUCCUAUAGAUGGCUUCAAACAGCGAGACGACUCAGCCCAGAGAGGGGCGUCCUUCAACGAAGUCAGUAUCUGGAUCCCACAUGUCUCUGUUCCUAUAGAUGACUUCGUCCCUGUCGACAUCUCUCGGGAAGAUGUCGUCAUCCCCAGCCAUGAUGUUUGGGCAGAGCGUCGUUUAAACGGAGGUUGUGUGACCGAUGUGUUUGUCUGCAACAAAGGAAACGAAGCGCAGAUGUGUGUGUUUAAUUUAUGUGACGUAAAGAUAACGAUCGAAGAUGACUGUGACUUCAUGGGAAAUUUCCCACUAGCUUGGGAGACACUUCUUUUGCAUUACGGAGUCUCUCAACAACCGGCAAUGUCACAGGUGCGCGGACCAGCCCGAAGCAAAAGGAAAAGGUACAUAUAUAAGUCGAGAGGACUUCCCGCCAGGCGAACCGAAUCGGACGGAACGAACUUUGUGAAGCUGGACGACUCCUUGCUUCGGUCGGCCGAGCUCGAAUCCGUCGUUUGGCAAUAAAUGUUCUGGACGUCGUGACAUUAAUCGGGAGGAGCGUAGACUUGGCUGAUUAAUGUCUGUUAAACAUUUUUUAUUUUUUAUAUAUUGUGUAAACCAGUGGUUCCCAACCAAUAGACCGCGAGCGAAGCCUUUGUGUAAAUUAUUGCUAUUGUGCGCCUAUUCUUUUUAUAUCAAGAAUAUAAUAUUUGUAUAAUAUCACAGUAAAGCAAAUAUACCUUAACAUUGCUGAUUUUUUCUGUCUGUCCAUAAAAUAUGUAUUCAUAAUAGCAAAUCGAAGGGCGUUAGAAGGUUGGGUACCAAUGGUGCAAGUACUCUUUAUAAUUUGGCCUCUCAAAAUUAUAAUUCUUGACUUAUUAUGGAAAUCUUAACAGGGGAAUAUUCACGGGAAGUAAUGUCGAUUGGUACCUCGUGGAUAGACUGAAGUGAUCCAUGAUUUAUAUAUCCACUUACCACCAAAACACACUGGAAUGAUACGCGAAACCACUUUCACAUUUAGAUUUUAACAAGGAAAGCAAAGUGGGCUGCAUUUUGAGACGGCAUUCGAGUAAAUGCAAUGUUUCGACCGAUGCAAAUGAAACAUGAUAAUUGUUUCACGGUUAUCUUGUAAAUGUUAAAUCAUCCUCAUAGGCUUUGUCAGGGCAAAAGCUUAUGUCGUAAACUUGCGGUUUGCAUAUAUAAUAUAGAUGAAGAUAAUGAUGAAAAUCCC